UGAUAUCUCUGCGCUCUGCCCAGCUGUCACCCCCGGCAUUGGUCCACCAAGCAGACACACGUAGGCGCGUAUCCGACCGACCGACCAACCCCCUUUUUCCUCCGGCAGACUGAUCAGGAGCCGGCGAGCGGCGGGACAAGCCAAGGCAAGCGACGGACCCCGCUGCUGCAGCUCGGACCGGGAAGGAGGUUUUGCUUUCCAGCCGACGGAGGGAGUGUGACACUGUGCUGAGUCCCUUCACUGUGUGCAGCAGCACCAUGGCAGCUAUGGGACCCGAGGACAGAGCUGGAGUCGGGCCAGGCGGGACGGCAGGCUGCCCGACGGGACAACAGGCCUCGACAACCACGCACAACAGCAACCGGCCCGACGUGCAGCAGACUCUGGUGUACGCUCAGAGCUGCGUCCACGCUGAGAAAGCCUUCGGAGAGAGUCACAAGAGCAGGACGUCCGGCUGGAGCAACAUGGCCGCUCCGCUGCAAAACGUGGGACCCACGAUGCACCUGGGCAGCGUGUCGGCGACCGGAGAGGCUCCGUACAGUUUUCGCAGCCCAGAGUCCGUGGAGAUGGACGAGAUCAUGGCAGCAAUGGUUCUGACCAGUCUGUCCUGCAAUCCAGUGGUCCAGAGCCCCCCACAGACAGAUCCAGGACCAGCUGCCUCGUCGUCCUCGGCUGACAUGGAGUGCGGCGGCGGCGAGCUCUCCGACAGCGGCAGCAGCGGCUACUGGAGCUGGGACCACGGCAACGGGAGCCCCGCCCCCUCGCCGUCCGUCACCGAGAUGGACAGCAGCCCCGACGAAGGCCUGCACAUGGAGCUGGAGCAGGGAGAGGAGCUUACUGCCAAAAAGCCACGGAGCUCGUUCAGAGGUGUGUACAAAUGUCUGUGGCCCAGUUGUGGCAAAGUGCUCACGUCUUCGGUGGGAAUAAAGAGACACAUCCGAGUGCUGCAUCUGGGCAGUGGGUCGGAUCAAUCCCAGAGAGAGGAGGACUUCUACUACACCAAGAUCUCCUGUGAGACGGUGGAUGCCAGCUCCGGUCCAGCUCCUGCCCAGCAGGCUCUGGGCCCGGCCCCGUCCUCUCAUCUCAGCUGGGCCUCCUGCGGUUCUCCUCCAGGCUCAGAGCUGCAGAUCCCUCCAGCUCACAGGCCCAGGUCCAACUCCAGCUCCGGGCCAGGACCGAGCAGGCCCAGUCCGCUCAGCCAGUCGGCCCCCAGCAGCUUCUGGCAGAUCCACUCAGAGCAUCUCUAUCAGGCCUGUAGCCCUGUCCAGGUAUCUGUGGCCCCCAGAAGCCCCGGCAGCCAGGGCUGGACCCCCUCCACCUCCGUCUCUGGACACACAAACCCUCCGAUGGUGAAACCUCGCUGCCGGUCCGUCAGCGUCGGGGAACAGUGGCUCCAACAGAACAGGCUGCAGCCGAUGAGCGCGUCGCCUUCCCGCAACCACUGCUCCUUCAGAAAGGGUCGCGGGGAGGCCAAGAAGUGCCGCAAGGUUUACGGAGUGGAGCGUAAGGAUCAGUGGUGCACCGCUUGCCGCUGGAAAAAAGCCUGCCAGCGCUUCCCCGACUAAAACCAGCUGAGAGCGAGAGAGCGUGAGAGACACAGACGGAUGGAUGAGUGGUAACAGAGACUUUUAUCAAACAGAGAAUAUAAAUCAGGGCCCGAGAGCCAUCGAGAAAAACAAGUUCUUUUACAUGUGUUUUUUUUUUUGUUUUUUUUUUAAACUUUCAACCUGUUUUGUUUCUUUCCUAAAGGAAUGCAAAUGGACUUUUCUGUAUCUUUGUAACUUGAUCCUGAAAACUGAAGUCUGCGAUGGUGCUAACUGUUGACUGACUUUGACCAUGUGAUGUGCUAAGCCUCCAGUACUCUCCUACUUUAUCCAAAGGUCAUAUUACUGCCCCUGUAGCUCCACUGUAUUAGACUGCUACUUGGCUGUUUUCUUUAUUCCAAUCUUCUCUUCCGGUGGUUACACAGUGGUUAUGAUGUACAUUAUAUUGUGUGCUUUGAGUUACGUACGAGUAUUUUAUACCUUUUUUUAUCGUCUCGUUCGGCCCUCGUAUCGGGCAGACUGUUUUAUUUUUUAUUUUCAUGUUCUUUGGCACUUUGUUGGAAUAUAAACUCACAAGAAUAAGCUACAUUUGGUUUGACUCAACCAAGUUCCUUCCAUGAAAUGGAUUUCCUUCCUGCCCAUGUGUUGGCACACGACCAGUGUUAAUGGUUUUUAUCCGUGAAGCUAUGGAGUCAUGGCAAUGGGACUAGCGUUAGGGGGAAUGAGUUUGUAAUAGCAAUAAAAAAAGAGGAAUUAUAUUGUCAAACACAUUAAAAAAAAGCACUGAGAAUUUGA